AUGGUCAAUUGUAGAAUGCUACAAGUUCUUGAUGUGAGUUAUAAACAGAUCAAUGAUUCAUUUGCCUUUUGGUUGGGAACUCUUCCUGAGUUGGACAUUAUUGCUUUAUGCUAUAAUGAAUUUGACGGAGCUAUAGAUUGUCCUACUACAUGCCCAUUUCCGAAGCUCCAUGUUCUUGAUCUUUCUCACAACAUGUGUUCUGGAAAGUUGACUUCAGAAACAGUAAGAAAUUGGAAAUCUAUGAUGGCUUCUAGCAAUAGGAAAUUACAAAAUGAGGAAUGGACUCUUUACUAUGCUGGAAAAGAUUGGUUUUCUCGCAUUAUUUAUCCGUUCUCGAUGUCUAACAAAGGGGUUGUCAUGGAUUAUACAUCAGCUUUACAACAAUUUUAUUCCAGGGUAGCAAGCGACAUUUCAUGUAACAGAAUUUCUGUAGAAAUUCCAGUUGCCAUGGGAGAGUUGAAGAGUCUUGUUUUGCUUAACUUGUCCAACAAUAUGUUCAUUCGAGACAUUCCAUCUUCUCUAGGAAAUCUUUCCAAUCUUGAAGCAUUAGACCUUUCUCUCAAUAACUUGUCAGGGAAGAUUCCUCCAGAGUUAACAGAGCUCACUUUGUUUUUUAAUGAAACUGAACAGUUUUCCACGUUUGGAGUUAACUCAUUUGAAGGAAACAUGGCUUUGUGUGGAAUUCAACUGAUGAAGAAAUGUGACGAUCGUACUAGACAUCAACCACCUGAAUCUAAUGGCGAUCAACAUUACUCUGGCUCAAACUCUUUUGUGGAAUUUGACUGGAAAAUAAUUUUCAUCGGUUAUGUGGGAGGACUUGUUGUUGGACUGGCAUUGGGAAGUGAUUUUUGUUCAGAUAUUCUCAGAUUUUUUUUUUUUGGUGACAGAUAUUCUCAGAUGGACUAA